AUGGCCCCUUCUGGAGGCAAAAUGGCCACGAGAACCAGAGCUAAUUUACCCAACUUGAAGCUGAACAAGAAAAUCAAGAAGACGAAGAAACAGCAGCAGCAGCAGCAGCAAAAGCUGAAGCAGAUUCCAGCGGCGAUACCAAACGACGCCGUUCAUUUCACCGACGACUCUACUGACAUCGACGGCGGCUGCAGCACUCCAAAAGCAGAGAGAUUCAGAAUCCCGGAUAUUCUAACGUGUCCGCCGGCCCCCAAGAAGCCAAGACCCUCUUCGGAUUGCUCAUUACGACGAUCGCCCAUUGCCUUUUUUGCUCCUCCAGAAUUGGAGCUCUUCUUCUGCGCCUUGCCGGUGCCUGACAUUUCAGUCUGA